UUUAGAUAAGUUGGUUAAUAUAUAGGCUUCUACGCCAAAAUGUUAACAAUAUGUUUAAGCCUACUCUGCGUUUUCCUGUUUAUUGAACACGGAAGAUGCCAAGCAUCAAUGUGUGAUACUGAAGGACGAUUUACGUGUGAGGACGGCGUUUGUAUAUCAAGAGCCAGGGUAUGCAAUGGAGUAAGUGACUGUCGUCGUGGUGAAGAUGAAUCGAAUUGUGAUGUAGUAAGGUCCAUCUGCUAUAGAAAUUACGAUUGGUGGUUUUCAAACGGAUAUCAUUGCAAGAAAGAUUGUUCAUCGACUUGGAGAUGCAAAGGUCUAUUGAAACAAUGUAUAUGCGAUGAUGAGUGUGGAUUAAGUUGCAUCAAUCCUAGUUCAAUAUGUGAAGAUGAUCCACCCACUGUUGAGCACGGUGUGUACUGGAACAUCAGACGUACAAUUUGGAGUGGUGGAUUAAAACACUUAGAGAUUGUCGAUCCAGUCGAACCUCCUUACUACUUGUGGGACAUGGUAACUUACAAAUGUGAACCUGGACGACGUUUAGUUGGUCCGCUACCGAGAUGCAGUGGGCAUCGACGUUGGACCAAUGAACUUCCGGUGUGCGUAGAUGAGUCAUGUCGGGAUCCUGUCCCAAGUGUGAACAAUUCAAUAUACUAUCGAUAUUUGAGACCAUCUGAAGGGACAGUGCUGCCAGUUUCAAAUAAGUUAAUUCCUCUUAUCAAUGACGUAGUUGAAUACAAAUGUGAGGAAGGAUUAUUGCUCACAGGAGAACCUCCAAAAUGUCUUAAAAAUAACACGUGGUCAACUCACACUGCACGAUGUGCUGUUCCAUGCUUUGAGGGAGUUGACCAUAAUUUGAUAUCAAAAUAUGGUUUGACAUGUGGAAGUAGUUGUCUUGCUACCGCAGAUUGUGACUCGGGAAUGGAAUGCUUUUGCGACGGACCUUGUUCCCGAGUUUGUGUUGACCCAAAUAUUGAGUGUGGCGAGGCAUCCUUUGUAGAAUAUGCCAGCAUUAAUUAUACUGGAUCGUCAAUACGUAAAGUUGCCAGGUAUUCUUGUGAUUACGGCUAUUACAUGGCAUAUGGAUCUCCUUCUCUUUACUGUUCCGGAUCAGGAUUAUGGAUUGGAAAUGAGCCUAUUUGCAUGCCUGUACAAUGUGGUGAUCCUAGUACGAGUAUACAGGAGACCAGGGGAUCAAUCAGAUAUUACGGUGGAACAGAUGUUGGUUCAGUAAUAAAAUUCCGAUGUCAUGGAAAUGAUAAAAUGCUUGGAGCAGAACAUAGAACUUGUUUAGGAAAUGGUAAAUGGAGUGGACCACUGACAAUUUGUGAUACACGAGAUAAAGAACUUCGGUGCCCUCAUCCCGGAGUUCCAAUAAACGGUAGACUUAUAGGAGAUGAUUUUUCAAUCGACUCCACAGUCAGAUUCGGCUGUGAUCGCGGUUAUGUUUUAUACGGAGAUCAAGAACAAACAUGUUUAUGGAUAAAAGAAUGGUCUGGAGCUGGCAUAGCUCCUACCUGCGUCGAUCCUCGGUAUCCACAUACUGCCGACGACGUGAUUGGAUCUUUGACAAGAUCGUUAGCCAAUCUUCCUGAUCAACAAACAAGUCUUGGGCGAUCUAUCAGCGACGAUAUAACUGAAGGACAAGAAAUUUACCUCGUGUUCGAUGUUUCAGAAAGCGUCUUGAGCCGAACGAAAGAUUUCGAAUAUCAAAUGGAAUUUGCAAAACGACUUGUUAAACGAAUGGACGGAUUCAAAGGAAAUAUAAAGUUUGGAAUAAUGAUUUUUGCCUCAUCAAAUGUCACGGUACUGGAUAUUACUAAAACGGGAAAUGAACAGAGGAACACAACAUACGUAUUAGAAACACUAGACAAACUGUACGCAGAAGCCACCAACAACAAAUACAAAGUAAAAACAAAAUCUGGAACAGCAACUGCCCAUGUGUUAUUAAAACUCGCAGAGGUUAUGUCAUUUAUGAGAGAGAACAAAACAUAUGCUAAUAAUAAGAGACAUUGUUUUAUUUUUACCGACGGUAAACAUACGGAAGGAACUGAUCCCGUUGAAUUACGAAAAGACAUAGAAUCUGAAUUCCAACCGAAUAUUGAGUUUUACAGCAUAACAGCAUGUCAUGAUUGUAAUGAUGUUAACAGUCAAACAGAAUUAGUUGGACUCUCGUCAAAAAAUGGAGACAACUAUAUUUAUAUAAAAGAUUACUAUCAACUUUCAAGUUAUCUUGAUAAAGUCACGGAUGUAAAAUUGGAUUUUGCAAAAUGUGGCCAAGCUGGCAACGUUAAAAGCAUAAAACAACAAGCGAGUUUAGCAAGAUCAAUAGGCAGUGAACAGGCGGCCGAAAAUGCCUGGCCCUGGCAAGCUUUGAUUACUAAAAAAUUUCGAACACAGGAGAAGACAUUGCAGAAAGGAAUGUUGGGCGGAGGCUCAAUUUUGAAUAGAAACUGGAUACUAACGGCAGCCCACUUACUUGGUAUAUUCAAUCGACUGACUGAUGGAAUGCAUAGAAUUAAAUCUACUAUCAAAAUGUAUGGAAUUGCCGAGUACAUUCCCCACGAAGGAUAUGUUGGCGGGGAAAAUUUUGAACACGACAUCGCUUUAAUGAAAAUCGGAUUCGAGUUUAAUUCAAAAAUGGAGCCCACAGGUGUCAAUCAGUUAACAUUUGGAUACUAUAUUCGUCCCAUAUGUCUCCCUUGCACUGGAACAUGCUUGAAAAAAGAACAAUUGGUCGAUGACAAUGGAGUACCAUUGAUAAACGAUGAAAUGAGCGCAGAACAGAAAUGUUUGAAAGAAGAGAAACUACUACAUGACAAUAACGCAAAAGUUGUCGCAACUGGAUUUGGAAAUAUGAAACAGAGUGAUACUCCAAUAAAAAAAGGAGACUUGAACCUAUCACAAAAACUACUACAAGCUUUGCUACAGAUACAAAAUAGAAGCAUAUGUGAAGAGAUGGGAGAAGAGAUGCGGAGAAAGGUAAAUUCAACCACCUACAAUCUAGACAAAAUGUUUUGCUGCAAGUCUGGAAACAGAAAUAGAAAAACUGAUGCUUGCCAGGGAGAUAGCGGCGGACCUGUUGUGCGAGAGGUAAAAAAUGUUAAAACUGGAACUUCAUGUUGGGUUCAGAUAGGCAUAGUAAGCUUUGGAUAUGGAUGCGGGUCAAAGUAUCCGGGAUAUUACACAAAUGUUGCAAGAUACAUUCCUUGGAUUCAGACAAAUAUUGGAGUUUAGGACAAUAAUUUGUUCUCAAAAGUUGAAUUUACAAAUAAUUUACGGUCAGCUCUUAGGAAUUUGUGCAAAAACAUAUUUCAUAAUAAAAACGAGUCUUCUAUAUUAUGAGCUGACUAUAUAUACAAAAAUGUAAAAUGUAUUUUGUGAAAUUGAUAAAGAAACUUGUACAGGUAAAGUAAUUUCAAGAAAAAAGUUGCAUUUCAGUUUAUUUGGCUUUGAUUAUUGUUAUAGAUUCUUCAAUACAUUGAUUUGAACAGUAUGAGAUCAGGUUGACUUGGGUUAAGUGGAAUAUAUUUUAUAGGGCACAUAACUAUUGUGAAGC